AUGGAUCUAAGCAUGGACAGAGACAUACCUGAUGUGUUUCCACGGGUGGGACCAGCGAGAAACAAUUUCACUGCCCAAAACCAAGCCCCGGCCAUCGCCAACAUCACCAUUCCUCACGAGUCUCCAAAUAUACAACACUUCUCGCUUUCUGAUCAAACGAUUGCUGCAGGUUCAACUUCGGAGGAGAGCACAGAAGACGAGUUAUCAUCUUUCAGCUACAUUAAUGUGGAAGUUCAUUACACUCUUCUUCUCAUCAUAAUGGUGUCAAGCGUCGCGAUCAACGGACUUGUAUUUGUCCUGUUCUAUCAGCGCCCAUCAGUUCGCAUGACGUCCAACAAGUUUGUCCUCAACAUGGCCAUCGUGCACCUCCUGCAGACGUUCAUCGUGCUUCCAUUUGUGUUCGUGUCCGUCAUGUUCCAAGGAUGGAUAUUCGGCGACGUUUUUUGCAAGAUACACGGCACAGUGUCGAUGUGCCUCACCAUGGCCAAUGUGUUUUCCAUUCUGCUGAUAGCCGUCGACCGGAACUGCGCCGUGAACAGCCCGCUUCACUACUCAAUGACCAUCACGAAGAAGAGGACGAGCGUUUUGAUCGUGUCGACGUGGCUGUGUGCGUUAGUCGUCUCAGUGCCGCCGCUGGUGGGUGUAUCAGGCUUGCAGUACCAGAAAAGCUGGGCCAUGUGCACCGUCACCUGGUACGACACAGGUGUGCUUACCCUAGCAUACGCUUGCGUCCUCAGUGUCCUGGGCUUCCUGAUGCCUUUCAUUCGAAUCACGUGGAUCUACGCAUCCAUGUUCCAAGCAGCUCGGCGUAACAGUGCGUGCACCCGCCUUCGCAAUGUCAAGAGCGGAAGCAACGAGUUGAGCCCACCCUCAUCGGCAGGACCGUAUGGCGGGAGUCACCGGCCUGUCUACUUUCCCCGGAAGCCUGCGUGGUCUAAAAGAACGUCUUCACCUAGCAAAGCGUCUUCGUUGUUCGGUGACAAGUUGAAGGCUGUUCGCACAGCUGUUCUCGUGGUAGUGUCCUUCACAGCAUGCUUCCUUCCUUUCUUCGCCAUGACGCUUGCCGAGACACAACGUGCGAACGCUUCCGAAACGCCUCUGCGCAAUCUUCCGGCGAUUGCCAUGCUGCUUCUGUUCUCCUCGUCACUAAUUAAUCCGUACCUCUACGUUAUCAGAAACAAAGUGACUCGUAAGCACGUCCGUAAGAUGUUCACCGGCCUGACGCGCAAGCCUAGUAUUUUCUCGCCGCUAGGUUACCACUACAGCCAUCAGAGCCCUCUGCGAGAGCGAAAGUGCUCAGAUGGCACGAGGGUGCCCGAAAGUACUGCCUCUUUGCGCUCAGGUGAAAGUGAAGAGUGUCAGAGGUUCAUGAGACGUUCUCUUUACCGAAACAAGUCAGGUGAGUGGAAUAUGGUAGCUGUCACAAUUGAACCGAAUCUCUCGCCUGCCAGACGGUCAUCUAUAGUGGUUCACCGCCCACUUUGCCUUGAUGAGAUGGGAGAACAAUUAGAGCAGCUGUUCCAGCAGGAGUACUCGCACCACCACUAUACAUACAGGCCUAUGUGCUACGGCAUGGCUGCUAGGAAUAGGUCUUGCCGACGAGCGUCCCUGGACAACCCAAAAGUGCCGCCCGAGCGAUUUUCAAGGAAUUGUGAGAGGUACGUCAAGCCCACAUCCAUGAACCUUAGCACUAGAUCAAAAGCGGAUCGCAGCAAGUCCUUCCGUAUUCGGGGUCGUUACGCCAAUAGGCGGGAACCCACAGCAGCAUGUGACAUGUCGUGCAAAAGCAACGUCAACCAUGAAGAGUGGUGCCAUAAUUUGAUCAAUUCUUGCACGCCUCGCCUUGCGAGUAACGCUACGCAAGAGUCACGAAGCAGCGUUUCUGUUCUAGCCGGUGGUGCUGAAACCAGCCAGGCGGUGCCGCACUCUGCCACCAGCAUGGGCCACGUGCAACGCUGCGGCAGCGUGCCCUUGGAGUAUCACUCAUCGGCAACGGCCGGACACCCAUCUCGGCCGGAACUGAAGCGUGGUUGGUCAUUUGCUUUCGAAGAGCGGGAGGUGAGCGUGGUCAUUCCAGCACAGGCAAUUUCUCAGUUCGGCCGCUUCAGAAAGUCCCAGUUUGCCAUGGCGAAGAGAUCCCGAAAACAAUCUUCCAGCGACACGAAUACCACCACGCUGGAAUCCCUGACGUCGACGGAGUCGCAAGAAGUUCCCAUGAUUGGGUCACCGCGGACUUUGUCACCCACGUCUAGCCAGUCUUACCAUUACCCUCCACCACAGACGUGCCAGCACCAUCAGCAGCUCCGCUGGAGGCUACAUGGUUACAGUUCAAUGCCUCUACCGGCCACAUUUCUUUCUCAGCAGCAACAGCAGCAACACAUCCAGUUGUCCGGAGAGUGUCACGAUCGAAGAGACUCUGGCUUUGAAGACACCAUGCUUGAAAGGUGUGAUCUCUGCGAUACGGUUGUGAACGCGAGUGAUUCUAUGAAGACGAUGACGUUCAUAGAGCAUGUGUAAAUUUUCAGCAAACUUUACAAUGUUUCGAAUGGAUGGCGAGGCGCGUGAUGUGCUCCUGUUUUACAAAAUGAGUGGUUGAAGAUGUAUAUUAACUGGAAGCAACU